GGGCACGACGAUUUCCUGGAGCUCGUCUUAUAAAAGCCGGGUGGCCAGUGUCCGCACACCAGACCCAGGCUCGCCUGCAUCCUGCUCCUCUCCCAGUACGAGGUCAGCUUUUCUGUCUCCAGGACCAAGUGCGACCGAAGCAUGAGCUCCCACCAGCAGAAGCAGCCGUGCACCGUACCCCCCCAGCUGCACCAGCAGCAGGUGAAACAGCCGUGCCAGCCUCCACCCCAGGAGCCAUGUGUCCCCAAAACCAACGAGCCAUGCGACACCAAGGCACCUGAGCCCUGCCACCCCAAGGUUCCUGAGCCCUGUCACCCCAAGGCGCCUGAGCCCUGUCACCCCAAGGUGCCUGAGCCCUGUCACCCCAAGGUGCCUGAGCCCUGUCACCCCAAGGCACCUGAGCCCUGUCACCCCAAGAUGCCUGAGCCCUGUCACCCCAAGGCACCUGAGCCCUGUCACCCCAAGGCGCCUGAGCCCUGUCACCCCAAGGCACCUGAGCCCUGCCACCCUGUUGUCCCCGAGCCCUGCCCCUCAACUGUCACCCCAGCACCAGCUCAGCAGAAGAUAAAGCAGAAGUAAGGUGGUCCGCAGCGGCGCCCCCCCACACACCCAGGAGUUGAUCACCAGGUGUCCAACCUCCUCCUGUCCUGCUUGAUGAACCCCAGCAGCCUGCUGACCUUGCAGUUAGCAUGCUGUGAUCCUCAGUCGCGACCCCUCCCUGUAGAGCUGCCCCCUCCCCCACCGUGGAACGUUCCUGAGCCUCUGAGCACAGCCACAAGUCUCACCAAGUAGCCAGUUUUUCCUGCUCAGGGCUCAUCUCAGGAGGGGCCUGGGUAGGGACUCAGGUGAAUGCUCCCUCCGCAGCUCCUAUUAAAUCAC